UUAAAGAUUAUUUUAGAAUUAAAAUAAUCCCAUUUAUUUUAGAGAAAUAAUCGUCUGCUACCUUGUGUAAAGCUAUCAUUACGUGGCAAUCGGCAAACCUCGGUCAUUAUCUAUAGAUUGUUUACAUUACACUGGUUACCGUGUUUAUCGUAUCAUUUCUAUAUAGAGCCGGGUAUAAAGAGUUAGCUGUUAAUAAUAUAAAAGCCCGAGUUUCUCGUGCAACUUUCUCAGUUUUUGUUUGACGACGAAGCAUUAACACACUCAAUUAGAGUAAGCUGAAAUUUAUUAGCCAUGCCACGAGGUCGUACACGCCGAAGGAUUCAACCUUCGAGAAGAGAAAUGGCCAUGCGACGCAGCGAGAGAGGACAGGCAGCUUCAGUACCUGAAAUUCCUCUAGGGGAGCGUCGUUUGCAGAGAAAUGCACGAGGGACCGUCGAAUGUCAACAAAAUUCAACUCCACGUCGUGCAGGUAGAGCAGUUGAUGAUUGUGGUAGCGCCCAGCCCCAGCAGAGUCAAGAGCACGUGCAGGAUAACCCGCGCGUCGAUGCCAGACAACCGAGGGGUCAGAAGCGCCAAGCCGACGAAUUGGACGACAUGGUGGAUGUCAGGCUUCUAGAGACUGAAGCGGGAUUGAGUUUGAGUUUUGUCAAUAACCUGUGUUUGUCCACAAAUGUCAAGAGUUGGCUACGCACCUGAACGCAGAGAUUGGAUGCUACCCUGAUGGAACACUUGGGAGCAAAAACAUUGUGUGUUAUAAGUGAAAACCAGCUAAUGUGAAGAGACUGUGUACUUUAUAAAUUACAGAAAACAUCUUUGUGACUGGUUAAUAAUAAGUAUAUAGAAUUACGUUUCGGUGCUAGCUUAGACUUAAAUAAAAAAAUGUGGACACUUGAAAUUCGAAUUUAAAACUGUAGUUUAAUAAACUUUCAUAGACUCACAGAAAUUUAUAUGUUAUACUGUUUUUUCAUAUUUAAUUUUGAUAUCGUCGCUCACAGUGGCGUAAAAUUCUUCCGAUCGAGAGGAGAUCAGACAUUGUAUUCUGUUUUGUUGGCAUUUUAACUUAAAACCCUGUGUAUGGUUUCUACUGCUCGUGACGGAAUACCCGUCAGGGUAGGCCGACCUAUAAUCAGGAAAUUAAUUUUGGAAGUAUCAUACAGUUUGUCCAUGUGUUUGGACUGCAGUUUGCGUUAUUUGGUUUUGCCCGUAGUACUUGGCAAUUCCUGUUUUUUGCGUUGC